UCGAGCCGUUGGGGGAGCGUCCGGGUCUGAGCCGGAGAAAUAGGUCAGGGGUCAGCGUGACGGUUCGGCAGGGCAUCUCGCGCUGCGGUCAGCGUGACGGCUCGAGCGGGCUGGGUCAAAGGUCACAGUAGGGUACGGGGUGGUAGCCCGCAGUUUGGUCAGCUUUGAUAGAAGAGGGCACCCGCCAUGGCUCCAAGGUUAUGGUGAUGGGGGAUUGAUGGCCAGUGCGGACUGAGGUUCAAUAGAAUGCAGCCUGCUGAUGAGGUACACCUCAGCGAAUGGCAGAAACAUUAUUUUAAUAUAACUUCCAAUGAUUGCACACCCGGACAGAAGGCUGAUGCUUAUCGUGGACAAAUUUUACAGUUGCAGUAUGCAUGGGCAAACUCUGAUAUCAGUUGGGACUGCACUGCCAACUCGUUCAGGAGAUGCACUGAAAAAUAUGCAGCCAUUAUUGACUCGGACGAUGCAAAGAUUGGGCUGAAUAAUUAUGCUGGCAGUAUUCUCAGUUUGUCAAGAUGCCAAAAGAAUGAAAGCAAUCAGUGGCAGUCAUCGUUAACCGAAAACAAUAUUUUCAAGUUAAAAAGUGUGCAGGAGAUGUUUAAAUCUAGUAAAAUAGCUCGGGAUUUGCUGGUACCCACUUCAGAUGCUUCAAUAGUAGUUGGUAAAACCAAUAGCGUGGAAAAUUUAGACCGUCAUAAAAUAGAAACUUCACCCAUUGAUACAAAAGACUCAGUUCCUAAAAUUAAAAAUGUAGUCUUGUGCUCUGAUGUACUUUCAAGAAAUGUUAAUGAAAAUUAUUCUUCAGACAAGUAUUCCACAAGUGCCUUUACAUGUCCGAAAAUGGUGCAAGGUCUCUCAGCUGCUCAGUCAGUGACUGAUGACUCUAGUUCUUUAAAGUCUACAGGUACACUUUCAUCAACAAUUUCAAAAAAUCUCAAUGGUGACCCUUUAUUUGGAUUGGGUAAAGAGGCAUAUUGUACUAUACCUCAGGUAGGAACGGUAACUGGACAGUGUACGCCUCUUAAUGGCAAUUUGGCCCCUGAUGCACCAGGUAGCACAUCUAAGAGAAAGUCUUCUCAGAUAUCUAGAGAUGGUAAUUCGCAUACUGACAUGAUGUAUGGCCAUUUUCAAAAUCGAAACUGGACUAAUUAUAAGCAAAAGAAUUUUGAUAAUAUGACCAGAAAUACAAAAUCUGAAGAUAGUAGUAUUGCUGCUGCUGAUGAAGGCCUCAUAACUUGUUUUAAAACGGCAAAGGAGCAACUACAUGUUGUUCAACAGAAAAAGUUUGGAAAUCAGUCUCAAUCUCAGCGACUACCAGUAACAACAUUGUACAAUAGUUCAAAGAAGUCCUUAGGUACAGUCAGGUCACGUGGCUUAUUUGGGAAAUUCGUUUCUCCAGUGUCAAAACAGGAUAAUGGAGAUGAAAAUGGUGGACUGUGUUCAGUGCCUCAAGAGAACAAUUCUUCUGAAGCCUCCCUACUUGUGGAUGAGCGUUUGAAGAACCUUGAGCCAAAAAUGAUUCAACUUAUUAUGAGUGAGAUCAUGGACCAUGGCCCCCCAGUGAACUGGGAUGAUAUAGCUGGGCUGGAGUUUGCUAAAACAACAAUUAAGGAGAUAGUGGUUUGGCCAAUGCUUAGACCUGAUAUUUUUACUGGUCUCCGUGGUCCACCCAAAGGAAUUCUUUUAUUUGGCCCGCCUGGAACAGGUAAAACUCUAAUUGGUAAAUGCAUUGCAUGCCAGUCAGGGGCAACGUUUUUCAGCAUCAGUGCUUCAUCACUAACUUCCAAGUGGGUUGGAGAAGGUGAAAAAAUGGUACGUGCGAUGUUUGCUGUAGCACGCUGCCACCAGCCUGCAGUCAUCUUCAUUGAUGAAAUUGAUUCUCUGUUAUCUCAAAGAGUUGAUGGUGAACAUGAUUCUUCGAGAAGAAUAAAAACAGAGUUCUUGGUGCAGUUAGAUGGUGCGGCUACUUCAGCAGAUGAUCGCAUUCUUGUGGUGGGAGCCACAAACCGACCCCAAGAAAUAGAUGAAGCAGCUCGUCGACGUCUGGUCAAAAGACUGUACAUCCCUUUACCAGAAAUGUCAGCAAGGAGGCAGAUAGUAAUGAAGUUAAUGUCUCAUGAAAACUGUUCACUAAAUCCAGAGGAAAUGGAGUUGAUCAUUGAACAAUCUGAAGGCUAUUCAGGAGCUGACAUGACUCAGCUUUGUCGUGAGGCAGCUUUGGGGCCAAUCCGCAGCAUUCAGAUAGCAGACAUUUCCACUAUCACACCUGACCAAGUACGGCCUAUUGCAUUCAUUGACUUUAAAGACGCAUUGGUAAAUGUGCGACCCAGUGUGUCUCUGAAAGACCUUGAACUGUAUGAAGAAUGGAAUAAAACAUUUGGUUGUGGCAGAUGACUGUGGAAAGUUUGCAUAGAAAUUUAAGAACAUAAAAGUUAACAUUUAUCAGAAUUUUACAAAGUUACCUUUGUGAUGUUGGAUGUUUGUUCUUUCAAGCAAGUGUAGUAAAGAUAUCUUACAAAAAUGUUUUCAGGAAAGUAAUUAUAUUUAAUUCAGUUUAAAUUGCUUUGUUCUGUAUUGACAGCACAUUGUCAAAAUUCAGGCUGCGGAAAUCUUUACUACCUCUGUCAGACACUGUCAUUCAAACCAGCCCCCUUUUUAUGUUUAAGCUUGAACUUUAUGACUGGAUUUCCUAGUUGGUGAUUUUUUUUCUCCUAAACACUGGCAUAGAGACAAUUGUUCAUCUAUUACACACUGUUUUGACCUUUGUUCACUAAUAUUUAGUUGAACACGUGAAUUUACUAUACAAUGUACACAAAUUCAUGAUGGCCAUCCAGACAAAUGUGACUGAUAAUUUCUUUUUAUUUUUGGAUUACAGGACAGCUACAUUUACAAAAAUGGAGGAGAAUAUGAUAUAUAUACAUUAGGUGGACCUCUUUAGCAGGGAUAGCACAAAUGCCAAUGAACAAUUGAAACUUUUAAAAAUUAUUCUAAAGCUAAAUGAAAACACUAAUCCCUGGUGUCAAAAGAAGAAUAUAAAACAAAAAUAAUUGAUAUGCUGGUGAUGUGUAAGAAUCAAUAGGAUUUGAACUAAAAUGCUUUAUGGAUUAAAUGAAAAAAAAUGCUAGGAAAAUAGGGAUAGAUGUCUUAAGUUUCCCUUGUGCUAUCCAAACAUGCAUUAAAGCAGCUGGAAGAUUAAUUGGAAGAAGAUUUUGGAUAAUUGUUACUGACAGCUUUACAAGCUAUGUUGGUUGUUAAAAAGAUAAUGAGAAGACAGAACUAUAAAAGGACACUGUAGAGUAAAUUGGUGGAUUCCCAAAAAAAGCCUGUGCUUUUAACUAUUACUUUGCAUCCAUCUAUAUUCUAGUAGCUGAUGUUUGGCUGCCAUUGAUAUAAUAUGUUGUUUGUGCUAAACACAAUAAAAAUAGAUAAAUUCUGGAUAGAAUAAGGGAUCUGAUCUAACAAUAGAUCUUUCAGCAUUCACCACUGUGAUAACAGAGUUAAAAGUACUGAAGAAAAGACAUUGGAUUCAGUGUUAACUGUUUGUUUCUCCAUAGGUGUUUCCAGACCUGUUGUCUUACUCUAAUAUUAUGGCUUCUGGUCCUGUAUUCUCCCACAAGAGAAAACAAUCUAUUCUGUCAGGCCUCUAAAAAAACUUAUGUUUCAAUAAGGUCAUCUGCCAUUCAUCAAGACUCUAAUGGCUACAAGCCCAAACUACUCAAUAUGUCCUCUUAAGAAAAUUCCUCCAUGCCCAGGAUAAACCAAGUGAAAUGUCUCUUAAUUGUCUCCAGCGCCACUAUAUAAUUCCUUAAAUAAAGGGAUCAAAAGAAUUCACUGUGUUAUGUAUGGUAUAACUAGUGCUUUGUAUAUAGCAUCACUUUCCUAUUUUAUGUCCUAUUCUAUUUGAAAUAAAG